AUGGUAAUUUUGGAAGUUAGAUUUUUUUUAAAACCUCUCUUUAUCUCUCUCACCCCUCGCGAUAACCCCCCCGACGUUUUUUCCAGCCGGUUCCUUCCCUCCUCCCAAACCACGGUUGCCCGGCCACCGCUAGUCAUUGGACCAAUUCAGAAAGGACCGGCUUCUCCUCCGUUGCACAGCCCCACCUUCCUGCCGCCAGCUGCUGUCGCGAGCCACUGGAGAGAGGCGUUGAACCCAGCCAGAAUUUACUGA